UCCGCGCCACUCGGGAAGCAGCAAGGCGGAAGCCGAGCGUCAACCCGACCCGACCAUCCCACCUUUCGUCAUCCCGUGAAUUCCACUUCGCCCACAGCCAUGAACAUUCCCCCGUAACAUCCACUCGCCUCACCGCCUCCAGCACCAAUGCGGCGCGCAAGCAAAAAGCUCACCCCGGCGAGAUGACCAUCUUCGCAGGACGGUCAACCAUCCACCGUCUCCACCAGAAAGUGCACCGCAACCUGCUCAAAACGCACCAAGCGCGCUAUGAAUCGACCAAACCCAACACCACCACGAUUCCUCCUCCUCCCCCUCCGCCUCCACCCCAACAACGAACCAUCCCCGGCCCAACAUGGGCCUGGAUCGACCCGCUCAUGCGCCCCUUCCGCGCCUACGCCGGCAUGCAGCGCCGCAGUCCCCUCAUGACCCAGUGGGAAUCCGCCCUCGUGAUCUACUACCUAGGCGACCUUAGCUCGCAACUGGUCAUGACGAACGCCUUUCUCGACGCGCAGUACGAACCCAUCCGCGGCCUGCGCGCCAUGAUCAUCGGCAGCAUCACCGCCAUCCCCUCCUACAAGUGGUUUCUCUUCCUCGGCAACAACUUCAACUACUCCUCGCACAUCCUGUCGCUGACGGUGAAGGUGUGCGUCAACCAGACGUUCUUCACGCCCUUGUUCAACACGUAUUUCUUCGGGAUGCAGACGCUGCUGUCGGGCGGGAGCUGGGCGGAUGCGAAGGAGCGGGUCAUCAAUACUGUGCCCGUGAGCUGGAAGAAUUCUUGGAAGCUGUGGCCGGCGGUGACGGCUUUUAGCUUUACCUUUGUGCCGUGGCAGUAUCGGAGUGUGUUUGCGGGCGUGAUUGCGAUUGGGUGGCAGACUUAUUUGAGCUGGUUGAAUCGGACGGAUGAGAAUCGGCAGGUGCUGGAGCAUAUCAUGGAGAAGGAUGUGGAGCAGCAGGUGGUGAGGAGGGGAAAGGAGGAGAAGAGGAAAAAGAAGGCGGAGAAGAAGGCUGACGAAGAGAAGACGACGAGCAAGAAGAAGCGACGGAAAGACGUGGAUGCGAAGGAAGAAGGAAUUGAUAGAUGAGGGCGGUGCUGUCUUUUGAUACCCUGGAUCAUGUUUGGAGGCGAUCUUGUCAUAGAUCUAGACGACUGCAAAGUGUUGUACAUAUUUCAAUUAGCUUGAACGAUUAAUUGGACAUACUUCUAGAUUAUUGCUUCAACAUCUGCCGUUGCACGUGUCGAGGCUGUCAAAGCACAUGACAUGGCGCCAGC